GAAGAAGUUUUCCUGGAGCAUUCAGAUGACAGUAUUUGCCAUGAUCUUUGGUGCAUUUGUGGCUGCCAGUGCUGACUUGGCAUUCGACCUGGAGGGAUACAUUUUUAUCCUCAUUAACGACGCCUUAACAGCUGCAAACGGUGCCUAUGUGAAACAGAAGCUGGAUUCCAAGGAGCUGGGCAAGUACGGCCUGCUCUACUACAAUGCACUGUUCAUGAUCCUGCCCACCCUGGCCAUUGCCUACGUCACUGGAGAUGCCCACAAGGCGCUGGAGUACCAGGGCUGGGCAGACACGUUCUUCCUCGUGCAGUUCACGCUCUCCUGUGUGAUGGGGUUUAUUUUGAUGUAUUCCACAGUUCUUUGCACUCAGUACAACUCUGCUCUUACAACUACAAUAGUUGGCUGCAUUAAAAAUAUUUUAAUAACCUAUAUUGGGAUGUUUUUUGGAGGAGAUUAUAUUUUUACAUGGAUGAACUUCAUUGGUCUAAAUAUCAGUAUUGCUGGGAGCCUGGUGUACUCCUACAUCACCUUCACCGAGGAGCAGAUGAGCAAGGAGUCGGAUGCCGGCAGCAAGAUGGAUAUCAAAGGGAAGAGCUCGGUGUGAGCAGGGAGAGGCUGUUGGUUUUUUGGGAGCCGACCUCUUCUGCUCGCCUGAUGCGGGCAGAACCGGGAAGGGCCCCGGGGCGCCUGCCGCGAGCCGCGGGGAUGCUCUUGAUUUGCACAGCUGAGAUUGCUGCCUUCACAAAUCCUGGGGAAGAUCCGCCCAGCCUGCGCGGGGAGGGGGAGGAUGAUGAGCCUAAUUAAGCCUGAUCGGGAGGAAUUAACGGGUUUCUAAUCAAGCCGGGAGUUGGCACGGGCAGGGCAGGGCUGGCAGUUCUGCUGCCAGGGGUGUCCCUGGCUGGAUCUGCUCCCCGGGAUCCCUGGAUCCGCCGAUCCCGGCGGGGAGGGAGGCUGGGGCUGGCUCCGUGCCCUCUGGAAUGCGGGAAUGCUCCGGGAAUGCCCGGGGAGCCGCCGUUCCCUGCGAGCUGCUCCCGCUGGAUGAACGUUCACUGCUCUCUGGACUUAAUUUUGAGCUUUGUUUGGUCCAUUUUCCAACUGUUUGGUCCAUAAACCCACUUUCCGAGCUGGGUUUGCCCUCCUGGGUCUAUCAGAGCCCUGCAUCCACCUCUGUCUUUCCGAGGCUCGGUGACAUUCCCAGCAGGAAGGGUUUUCCUGCCCUGCUGAGCUCUGCAGCCUCCCUUGGAUCCAGCCUUGGCUUUGGGAAAGCUGCUGCCUUACUGGGAAGAUCAGCAGGGAGAAGCUGCUGGGAUCACAGGAGAGCCAAGGUUGUCCCACCUGGCACAGCACAUCCAGGGAAUCUGCAAAGGCUGCAGCUCCCACCCCUGGAAGAGGCACAAGGACUUAAAUCUUUUUUUGGCAACUACAGGGCCCCCAUAAUUCUUGUUUGCCAUGGAAUGAAUCACCCUGGGUUUGUGACCCACUGAAAGAAAGGAAUUGUUGAACACUGGGCAGUGUUCAGAGGUUUUUAAAGGUUCUCUUACCCAGCACCUCUUUCCAGGUCUCCUUGGGUUGUCUUUCGGUUUUAAAAGAAUUGUUUUUAAGCUUGGUUAAAAACCUUUUAGUAAAACAAUGUAUUUAGAGAUUUUUGUACCCUAACAGCUUCUCUAGACACUGACAGUGGGGUUUUUUUUAGGAGAUACUUGCUUAAACUGAACUGCUGUUGAGCAAAGCUGAAUUUGUUGGAGUUUACUGGAAGUUUUUGGAUGAGAAGAUGUUCUGUGAGGGUGCAGCUCCAGCCUGGUGUGCUGGGGAAGGUGUGGAGUGAGCCAGCAAUUCCAGAGCCACAAUUCCCCCCUUUUUUUGUGGGAUUUUGAGGUCACUGCAGGGCAGUUGGGGUGUCCUGGAGUAGUCCCUCAGCACAUUCCCCCUCUGAGCACAGUGAAAAAGAAAUCCCUGAUUAUUUUGCCUCCCAAAAUUCCAGUAAAACCUCGGCUUUGUCCAGGGAAGGGAGGGUCACAAACCUUCCUGGAGUGCAGAAGCUCCCCAGUCCCAGCCCAGAUGGGGUUGCUGGUCCCAGUACUGGUCCUUGUUCUCUCCUGGUUUUGUUCUUUCCUGGUUCUGUCCUGGUUCUGUCCUGGUCCCGAUCCUUAUCCUUGUUCUCUCCUGGUCCUUGUUCUCUCCUGGUUUUGUUCUUUCCUGGUUCUGUCCUGGUUCUGUCCUGGUCCCAGUACUGAUCCUUGUUCUCUCCUGGUCCUUGUUCUCUCCUGGUUUUGUUCUCUCCUGGUUCUGUCCUGGUUCUGUCCUGGUCCCAGUACUGAUCCUUGUUCUCUCCUGGUUUUGUUCUCUCCUGGUUCUGUCCUGGUUCCCAGUGCCCAGGUGCUGCUGGGGUUCCUCCCCCCAGCUCCUGCCCCUUGCUGCAGCAUUCCCAAAUCCCAGUUCCCAAUUCCCAAAUCCCUUUUUUCUCCCCUGGGUGCUCCGCUCCGAGGUCACAGCCAGGAGGGUGAUUCUGCCAGAGGGGUUUUUAUGAUUUUCUGUUUGAAUCUACUGGUUAGAUUUGCAGUCCUAACAGAGAAGGAUUUUUAAAGCUUAUUUUGUCCACGCUGGGAUCCUGCUGGAUCCUAAACACUGGGAAAGCCAAGAAUUCCUCUAACAGUAUUUUCUAUGCUAUUAAUUGACUAAAAAAAAAGAAAUAAUGUUUUCUAUAGAGAAUCUAUUUACAAAAUGAGCAUUUUAGUGAUGAAAACAUGAAUGUAUGGCAGGCUGUGGAUGUGAGGAAUGAGAGCAGAAAGGAUUUAUGUGCCUCUGUAUUUUUGUAUUUGCUUCCAAUAAACCAAUGAACCAAA